AUGAAGAACAAGGGUGCCAAGCAGAAGCUGAAACGAAAAGGAGCCGCCAGUGCGUUUGGCUGUGACCUGACGGAGUAUCUGGAAAGCUCGGGACAGGAUGUUCCAUAUGUAUUGAAGAGCUGUGCAGAAUUUAUAGAAACUCAUGGCAUUGUGGAUGGAAUUUAUCGGCUUUCAGGCGUCACCUCAAACAUACAGCGGUUAAGGCAGGAGUUUGGCUCAGAUCAAUGUCCAGAUCUGACAAGGGAAGUAUACCUCCAGGACAUCCACUGUGUGGGCUCACUCUGCAAGCUCUACUUUAGGGAGCUUCCCAACCCCCUCCUGACUUAUGAGCUCUACGAGAAAUUCACGGAGGCGGUUUCACAUUGCCCAGAAGAAGACCAAUUGGCUCGAAUCCAAAAUGUUAUCCAGGAGCUUCCUCCAUCCCAUUAUAGGACCUUGGAAUACCUGAUUCGACACCUGGCCCACAUCGCCUCUUUCAGCAGCAAGACCAACAUGCAUGCCAGGAAUCUGGCCCUAGUGUGGGCUCCAAAUCUCCUCAGGUCUAAAGAAAUUGAAGCCACAGGUUGCAAUGGAGAUGCAGCCUUCCUUGCAGUCCGAGUUCAGCAGGUGGUGAUUGAAUUCAUCUUGAACCAUGUGGAUCAAAUCUUUAACAACAAUGCAGCUGGCUCUCUGGAGAAUAACGAAAACCGGCCCGUCAUGAAGAGCCUGACCUUGCCAGCCCUCUCCCUACCCAUGAAGUUGGUGAGCCUGGAGGAAGCUCAGGCCCGGAGCCUAGCUACCAAUCAUCCUGCUCGGAAGGAAAGGAGGGAGAACAGCCUGCCUGAAAUUGUCCCCCCCAUGGGCACCCUCUUCCACACAGUCCUUGAAUUACCUGACAGCAAAAGAAAGCUCUCCAGUAAGUCAAAGAAGUGGAAGUCAAUAUUUAACCUGGGACGUUCUGGAUCAGACUCCAAAUCAAAGCUGAGUAGAAAUGGGAGUGUAUUUGUAAGAGGACAGAGGCUGUCAGUGGAGAAGGCUACUAUCCGACCAGCAAAAAGCAUGGACUCAUUGUGCUCAGUGCCUGUGGAAGGAAAAGAAACCAAAGGAAAUUUCAAUCGAACAGUUACCACUGGUGGAUUUUUCAUUCCAGCAGCGAAAAUGCACUCGAGUGGCACUGGUAGCUCGUGUGACCUCAGCAAGCAGGAGGGCGAAUGGGGCAAUGAGGGGAUGCCUGCCGGGGCGGAAGGGGGUUUUGAAGUGAGCGGUGACCGAAGCCAGCUCCAGGGUGCUCAGAUCCGGCCCCCACCUGAGCAGCUGAAGGUGUUCCGGCCUAUCGAGGAUCCUGAGAGUGAGCAAACAGCCCCAAAGAUGCUGGGGAUGUUCUAUACCUCCAAUGACAGCUCCAGCAAAUCUGUCUUCACCAGCAGCCUCUUCCAGAUGGAGCCUUCGCCCCGCCACCAGCGCAAAGCCCUGAACAUCUCCGAGCCCUUUGCUGUAUCCGUACCACUCCGGGUGUCAGCUGUCAUCAGCACCAAUAGCACGCCAUGCAGAACACCCCCUAAGGAGCUGCAGUCUCUUUCCAGCCUGGAAGAGUUUUCUUUCCAGGGGUCAGAGAGUGGAGGAUGGCCUGAAGAAGAGAAGCUACUGGGAGCUGAGGCUUUGACAGCUUCUACACCUAAGAAGACAGCUCCUGAGGAUGCCACACUAGCACCUGAAGCAGCGGGACCAGUGGAAUGCAGCAAAGGCCUUUUCCUGGAGUCAGGCAUCCAACUGGAGAAGAAACCCUUGGAAAUCUCCCUGGGCUGUCAACAAUCAAAUGAAUUAGAGAAAAGGCUGGAUCCAGAGAAGGUGGUGGAAGAGGGUCAAGAGGCUGGCCAGCUGGAGCCCAGUGCUCUGCAGGAGAACCCGAGAGUCAGAGCUGAGGCCAUGUUUCUCCAUGAAAUGGAUGAAGAUGAUCUAGUCAAUGCCUUGAUCUGGCCAGAGAUUCAACAGGAACUGAAAAUCAUUGAAUCUGAGGAGGAGUUUUCCGCGAUGCCACCACCACCUCCAAAGAUAAGCCCAACUCAGCCAACCCCUGAUUUUAGUCCAGGCUCUUCCGCUUCCACAGAGCUUUCUGAGAACUUAUCCCGAGGCUCCGCCCCUGCCCCAGCUCUUCUGGAGGAGCGGACCGAGGGCUCAACCAAUCAGAGCACACAGGAGGCUUCGCUUGCCGCUAGCGGAGAGAAGCCGGAGCCAACCAGCAACCUCCAGAGGGGCGAACCUGAGAAGGGGCAGCGCCCAGACCCCUGCAGCCUGGCUCCUCUGGAAAUAGUUUCAUUUGAGAUGGCUUCUUCACAAGCAACGGUAGAGGUGGCAGGCUCAGGGAAGCAAUCUCCUCCCCUACCUCCUGCUCCUCCCCCUCCAACUCCUCUAGAAGAAGCUCCUGGAGUCCCACUGUCGCAAAGUGGCCCUGAGACAGAAGACCCAACCGAAAAUUUGAGGACAGAUCCCUGUUUAGACCAGCUGAAGUCCAAAGGCAGCCCUGCCACCCCUAGUUUUUGUCAGGGAGACGAGGCCUCAGCGCAGGGUGAAAAGCAAAAUCUAAAGAGUGCUGCUAUCCCGGUAAAGGACUCUGGUUUGCCAAGCACAAGGGCGGUGGCGCUUGCCCCACAAGGAGAGGGGGAUGGAGGGCAUUCUGUGCAGGAGCCCUCAGACUGUGAUGAAGAUGAUGCAGUGACAGACAUUACCCAGCAUGGCUUGGAGAUGGUAGAACCCUGGGAGGAGCCCCAGUGGGUGACGAGCCCCCUACACUCUCCCACCCUGAAGGAUGUGCAAGGGACCCAGGUACAGGGCUCCCAGGGCCACCGAUUGGAGAAGAGACUUUCCCACAGGCCCAGCCUUCGACAGAGCCAUUCUCUAGACAGCAAAACCCCGGAUAUGAGCCCGUGGACUCUCAAGGGCCCCUCUUCCAGCAGCUGUGCUAAUCUUGAAAAAGAGAGAAAUUCUGAGCCUCUGCAGCCACUGGUCUCUAGGAGCGAGAUGACUGGAUGGGAGGAGAAAGCCCCAAGGUCCUUCAGAGAGUUCUCUGGCCUGAAAGAGGCAGAGACCCUUCCCAGCCACAAGGGACCAGGUGAUGUGCAGCUCAAACCAGCAGAAGCUAGUCCUGUCAGUCUAGCAAAGGAGCAGGCUGCACGCUUGGGGCAGGACAACCUGCACAUUGAGCGUGGCAGUGUUCCAGGACCAGGGAGCUGCAAGGAGAGUUCACCUGUCGUACAGGACAGCACGUUGUCUGGAGAGCAUCUCCCAAAGUUACAGCUGAAGAGCACUGAAUGUGGGCCCCCAAAAGGGAAAAACAGACCUUCUUCUCUCAAUUUGGACUCUGCUAUUCCCAUUGCUGACCUCUUCCGCUGUGAGAAUGUGGCCUCAUUUGGCUCACCUGUAAUACAGCUGUCUGAGCUAGGAGACUCAAAGGACACAUGGAUGAUCUCAUCCCACUGUAAUGCAGACCCCUGGAGAGUCCACUCCCAAGACCCACAGGACGUAGACAUCAUCGCUCAUGCCCUAACAGGCCGCCGCAACUCAGCCCCUGUCAGUGUGUCAGCUGUGAGAACCUCCUUCAUGGUCAAAAUGUGCCAGGCCAGGGCAGUCCCGGUUAUCCCACCCAAGGUUCAGUACACACAGAUCCCACAGCCCCUCCCCUCUCAGAGCUCAGGGGAAGGUGGGGCUCAGCCUCUGGGAAAGAGCCAAGAGGAGCCCAGCUCAACUGGUGGGACCACUCAGAAACCCACCAAAGAUGAUUCUUUGUCCUCCUUGGAAGGCCCAAAUGGAGAGAAACCAAAGCAAGAUACAGGAAUCAUUGAGUCUUCACAAGUGGAUGCUGCUGUAUCCUGCGUGUGUGAGGGACCCACCCUUUCUCCAGAACCAGGCUCGUCUAACCUCCUCUCCACCCAGGACGCAAUAGUGCAAUGUAGAAAGCGAACAUCAGAGACAGAGCCAUCUGGGGACAACCUUCUCUCUUCAAAAAUAGAGCGACCAUCUGGGGGUUCUAAGCCUUUCCAUAGGUCAAGGCCGGGAAGACCUCAGAGCCUCAUCUUAUUUAGUCCUCCCUUCCCUAUAAUGGACCACCCACCCCCCUCAUCCGCAGGGACAGAUUCCAGGGUCUUGCUGUCUCCUAUCAGAAGUCCCAUCCAGAGAGUUUCCCCUGGCCUUCUUUGUGGGGAGUUGGCAGAAAACACGUGGGUCACACCGGAAGGGGUUACACUUAGGAAUAAAAUGACCAUUCCUAAGAAUGGCCAGAGACUAGAGACAUCAACCAGCUGUUUUUACCAGCCCCAGCGGAGAUCAGUGAUUCUGGAUGGAAGAAGUGGGAGACAAAUAGAAUGA